CGAUUCUGGAUUUAUAUAGAUAGGCCAAGUCUAACUUUAUCUUGCAAGGAAACAUCAGAGUGCAAGUAAGGCAGCAAAAACAACAAUUUCUCCGAAACGAUGUCUAAUCCAUUUGAUGAUCAAGACUCGUUUGUAUCGGUGCCUCGUGCAGCCUUUACCUCCGAUAGAACCUCACCCAGACGAUUCCAUCAGCUUGACGAGAGCGAUGAUGACGAAGGGUUUUCUGGGUUCAAGGCCUCUGUCAACAAGAUGGCCGGUGGUGGCACUGCUGACCAGUCUCCAACCAGACAAUCCCCCAAUAUCUUUGCUCGUAGUAGAGCCCAUGCUUCAUCCAAUGCCUUACGUAAUGGCUUGAGCUUUGAUAAGAUGAGUGCUCCUCCAAACCUCCAAUAUCCACAAGAGUCCGCUGGGGACCACGGCCACCAGGUCUCGCCCACAGCACGGUCCGCAUUCACCAGUAAGGAGUCUCCCAAGAGACAAAGAAGAACAGAAUUGGUCAUUUCCGAGGAUGAGGAUUCAUCCAAUGAUUUCUUUGUCAAUGGGUCUCCCAGAAGAUCCCAGUUUGGCAAGAGUAACGGCAGUGAGCGGUUCUUGGACCCACCACAGCCGAUUUUCCUGCCAGAGACCUUUGCCGAGGCAAACAGUGAGGCUGGAGGCGAUAGGUCAACCUUGAACAAUGAUACAGAGGAAACGGCCAAUCUCUACAACUACGACGGUUACCAAAAGGCCCAUGAGUUGGACGAGAAGUUUGAAGAAAAAUCAGUGUUUUCCGAUAGCGGUACCGUCUAUGAGACUAAGUCUCUCAGUGGGAGCUCUGCCUCCGGCGGCGACGGGACCUAUUUCGGUGCGUCGAUCGACGGGAACAUCAUGAAUAACAUUGCCAACGGGUACGUCCCAAGAGAAAAGGACCCACAUGCCACCCAGGCCAAGCGUAAAGUCAGACUUGUAGGAAGUAAAGCCGGGAACUUGGUGUUGGAAAACCCUAUCCCUGAUGAGUUGAGGAAAGUGUUGACCAGAACGGAGUCCCCCUUUGGUGAGUUCACCAACAUGACAUACACCGCAUGCACAGCUCAUCCGGACGAGUUCCAGCAAAGUGGCUAUUCUCUCCGUGCAGCCAAGUACGGUAGAGAGACCGAGAUCGUCAUCUGUAUCACCAUGUACAACGAGGACGGGUUCUCAUUCGCUAGAACCAUGCACGGGGUCAUGAAGAACAUUGCCCAUUUGUGUUCUAGAAACAAAUCUUCCGUCUGGGGUAAGGACGGGUGGAAGAAGAUCCAAGUGAUCAUUGUCUCCGAUGGACGGAACAAGGUCAAUGAGUCUGUGUUGCAGCUCUUGACGGCCACCGGUUGUUACCAGGAUAACUUGGCCAGACCCUAUGUGAACAACCAGCCGGUAACUGCCCAUCUUUUCGAGUACACCACCCAGAUUUCCAUCGAUGAAAACUUAAAGUUUAAAGGUGAUGAGAAGAGUUUGGCUCCAGUGCAAGUUCUUUUCUGUCUCAAGGAGAAGAACCAAAAGAAAAUUAACUCCCAUAGAUGGUUGUUCAACGCCUUUUGUCCCGUGUUGGACCCUAACGUGGUGAUUUUGCUUGAUGUGGGAACCAAGCCCGACAACCACGCGGUUUACAACUUGUGGAAGGCCUUCGAUAGAGACUCCAACGUUGCUGGUGCAGCCGGUGAGAUCAAGGCCAUGAAGGGUAAAGGAUGGAAAAACUUGCUCAAUCCUUUGGUUGCCUCGCAAAACUUUGAAUACAAGAUGUCCAAUGUCUUGGACAAACCAUUGGAAUCCUUGUUUGGAUAUAUCUCCGUCUUGCCCGGUGCCUUGUCUGCCUACAGAUACAUCGCCUUGAAGAACCAUGAGGACGGGACCGGGCCCUUGGCGCUGUACUUCAAGGGUGAAGAUCUUCUCAACCAGGACGAUCUGAGCCAUAAGAAGAAGAAAAACUCAAAGACCAACUUCUUUGAAGCCAACAUGUACUUGGCCGAAGACAGAGUUCUCUGUUGGGAGCUUAUUGCCAAGAGAAACGACAAUUGGGUGCUUAAGUUUGUCAGACUGGCCACCGGGGAGACCGACGUGCCGGACACCAUUGCUGAGUUCUUGUUGCAACGUCGUCGUUGGAUCAACGGGGCCUUCUUUGCCGCCCUCUACUCGUUGAGAAACGCUGGCCAGAUCUGGUACACCGACCAUUCCAUGGUGAGAAAGUUCUUCCUUAACGUUGAAUUCUUCUAUCAAUUCAUCACCUUGGUCUUCUCCUUCUUCUCCAUCUCCAACUUCUAUCUUACAUUCUAUUUCUUGACCGGCUCCCUUAUCUCCAACAAGGAGCUUGGUAAGGGUGGGUUCUGGAUCUUCACCAUCUUCAAUUACAUCUGUGUUUGCACAAUCACGUCCCUUUUCAUUGUUUCCAUUGGGAACAGACCACUGGCAUCACAAACCAUUUUCAAGGUCCUAAUCCUUCUGCUUACGGUGUGUGCGUUGUAUGCCCUUGUGGUUGGGUUCUAUUUCGUGUUCAGUACCAUUGCCAAGUUUGGUGCCGACGACGGGACGUCAACGUAUGUACUCGUCAGUAUCGUGGUGUCUCUUCUCUCGACCUACGGGCUCUAUGCCCUCAUGUCCUUCCUUUACAUGGACCCAUGGCACAUGUUCACUUGUUCCAUCCAAUACUUCCUCAUGAUCCCUUCAUACACCUGUACCUUGCAAAUCUUUGCCUUUUGUAACACCCAUGACGUUUCCUGGGGGACAAAGGGAGACACCGACCAAAAGGAGGAUGUUAGCAAUAGAUAUGUGAUUGAAAAAGGUGCCAAUGGUGAGUUUGAAGCUGUGGUCACGGACGUCAAUGUGGAGGAGCUAUACUUGGAAACUCUCUACAAUAUCCGAGCCAAACGGUCCAACCGGAAGGUUGCCAUUCCUAAACCACCCCCAGCGGAAAUGGAAGGUGAGGACUAUGCCAAGGACGUUCGUACCAAGGUGGUUUUGACCUGGAUGUUGAGUAACUUGAUCUUCGUCUUGACCAUGAUGCAAGUGUACGAGGCGGGCCAAACCAAAAGCAACAAGUAUCUUGCCUUUAUCUUGUGGUCUGUGGCCAUCUUGGCGCUUUGUAGAGCAGCAGGGUCUCUUGGUUAUCUCUUCCAAAGCGGGGCAAGAUUCCUUGUGGAGACAAAGAGUAAGUGGAGUCACAAGAGACAAGGCUACCUGGUUACCAAUGCCAGUGCUUUGAACUAAUAGUUAAAAAAAAAAUAUUAUACCUCAUCAACCUCCUCGACCAGGCUCUUGGAAGGUUUUAUACCCUAAUGAAUAUAUGUACUAGACAUAAUAGU